AUGUCUGACGAAAAGAUCAGCAUUAAUACCAAAAAUGUCGAAAGCUCGGUACCGCAAAAAGAAAGCAACAUAGCUUCGCAGCAUAAAACACAGACGCAAUCUGCGUCGGCGCAACUCUCAGCCGAUGCAGAAAUGGAGGAGGAAGCUGCGGGCCAACCUGCGGCCUACAGCAUGCGACCAGCAUUUGGUGAAUCCUUCCCGUUACCAAUAGUUAAAAACAUUAUAAACAGCACAAUGGCUGCGAAACUGAAAGACAAAAUAUAUGAUAAGGACAUUGCCAAGAUUUGGACCCGUGAAAUCGCGGAUGAGGUGAAUCAGCAAAUUGUGGCGAGUCCGAAAGUCAAGCGCUACAAGCAUGUAGUGCAGGUGAUGCUGGGCCAAGAGCUGGGCGCCGGUUCGACCUAUUUAUCGCGUUGUUGCUGGGAUUGCGAUUGCGACACUUCGGUCACGGAGGUAUUCACCAACACUAGCCUAUUCUGCGUGUGCACAGUGUUUGGCACAUAUCAGUACUGAAAACGGAGGAACCUGAAUGUAACUGGAAUACUUUAUAUUUAUAUGCCAAAGGUAUCAUGAAUGGCAUACUUUUUAAUUUUGUUAUUUGUGGAACACAUGUCUUGGAUAAGUCUUUAAUUUUAAUUAUUCAUAUAAAUAUAUGU